AUGGUUAAUAUUAUCUUGUCAAAUUUGAUCGAUCUUCACGCUGUUGUCAUAAUAUCAGAUAGUAUUGUCAGGACUCUAUCACCCGAAAAACCCAGAACUGAAAUCGUGUCAGUUGUCAGAGCCUUAAUCGUACUACCUGUCGCUGUGUAUAAAUGGUAUCAGAGCAUGAUCCAAUAUUAUUACCCCCCACAGUUUACUCAAGAGGGCUCACCAAUGUUUCCUCAAAACCAGGACCUAAUAAUUUCCCUUCUCUUUUCAUUGAAGAAACAAGAACCCCACUCAACCUAUAUAAUGCUAACAGGUGGCUUUUUCCGUCAUCAUCAGUCCCGGACAUGUGCUCAAAUGAUGCAUGAAAGGCCACUGCUUUCAAAGCUCAAUCCAUAUUCUUCAAAGUUGGAAGAAUAUAAAUACAUGGAAAUUUUUAGAUCCCACGCAAAGCUAACAGCCAAGCAGUUGCUUUACACGUGUCAACAACCCAGUUCCCUCUUGACUCAACUGAAACUGCCACCAUCAAGGUCUGCUACCAUAAGGAAAUCGAGGAAAGGGUGCAACAGAGGGAAAGGGGGUCCAGAAAAUGCAGUGUGCCCAUAUAAAGGAGUAAGGCAAAGGACCUGGGGCAAAUGGGUAGCUGAGAUUCGUGAACCAAACAGAGGCAAUAGGCUUUGGCUUGGAACUUUCAAUACUUCAUUUGAAGCUGCACUUGCUUAUGAUGAAGCAACUAGAAAACUCUAUGGUCAAUCUGCUAAACUCAACCUGCCACAGCCUCAUGAUCAUCAGUACCCAUCUCUUACCUCUUUGCCUGGAAAUUUGGUUAAGUCAUGCAAAGAAACUGGCAUGAUCAUGAAAGACCCUUCAAGUUCUAGUAGAAGUUCUUUCCGAAGUGAAGAGAGGGUGGUGAGAAGAGAAAUAAAUACAGAAGGGUUUAAGGGAACAAGUUUAGGUGAUAAAGGAGAGGAAGUCUUUUGUUGGCCUGUGAUUUCAUUAGAGAAUAAUGUUCUCCUGGAAAUGAAUGAUAUUGAGGUUUCGAUGGGUCAAGAGUUUAAGGAUAAUUGGGAUGGAAAUGAAAUUGCUGGAAUUCAGAGUCAAUUGUUCUUUUAA